GUUGGGCGUUAGGCUUUCGGCCUGGCGCAAUAAGAACAGCAAUGGCGCGAUGCUUGGCCCAUCAUCUUUCCUCCACCUUCCACCACUCCUGCUAUGGCCGAAACCCGACAGAUUGAUACCUAGUAAACGACGCUCUGUUAUAAAAUGUUGUGAAUCGCCGAAUCAGGGCCUCUCCUGGUAUCAUUAAUUGUCAUCGCUCGGUUCUAUCACGCCAUAAAGAAGUCGUCUCGAUCAUAUCAGAUCUGCGUGUCAGUCUCGCCCGAGAGAAUCCUCAACGCUCAUUGCAUACGGGAUGAAGUCGAUCAAUCAUACCCCGCAGAUAUUGCGACAGAGGCACCGGAUAAUCGGAUGACAUGGGCACAGUAUAUAACAUGGCGAAAGGUCCACAGGCCUAAAGCUAGAUGUAGAAGACAAAGACCUUCGAGAUCUAGCACAAUGGCACCAUCCCUCGCGGAACCUGUUUCACUUCGGGCACUGCCCAAGGCUAUCCUCAAGACCGAUGCAGGGCACAAUAAGGAGAACCUGAUCGGAUAUGGAGAGGCGUACAAACAUGCGGACGAGAUCACGGGCACCACUAAGCAGCCUCCUGCAGCCUUCCCAAAUUACCUGCCUGUUUGGGACAAUGAAACUGAACGAUAUGCACCACUGCAGCCAUUCGAGCACUACGAUCACGGCAAAGACGCCGACUCAUCCUUCCCAGAUCUCUUUCCCAAGGACGGCAGCCACACCCUAGACGAGCUGACCCCCACCAUCGGCUCCGAAGUCCACGGUAUCCAACUCUCCCAGCUCUCGAAGGAAGGCAAGGACCAACUCGCUCUCUUCGUCGCCCAGCGCAAGGUCGUUGCCUUCCGCGACCAAGACUUUGCCCACCUCCCCAUCGACAAGGCCCUUGAGUUUGGUGGCUACUUCGGCCGACACCACAUCCACCAGACCUCUGGUGCGCCCAAGGGUUACCCGGAGAUUCACCUCGUCCACCGCGGUGCUGACGAUACCAGCGGUGCUGACUUCCUGGCCGGCCACACCAACUCCAUCACAUGGCACUCGGACGUGACCUUUGAACAGCAACCACCUGGCACAACCUUCCUCUACCUCCUCGAUGGACCCAGCAGCGGCGGCGACACCCUCUUUGCAGACAUGGCUCAGGCCUACCGACGCCUCUCGCCUGAAUUCCGCAAGCGUCUACAUGGCCUCCGCGCUGUACACUCGGGCAUCGAGCAGGUCAACAAUUCUCUGAACAAGGGCGGCAUUGCCCGUCGCGACCCUAUCCAGACUGAGCACCCGAUUGUGCGAACGCACCCGGUAACAGGCGAGAAGGCGCUCUUCGUCAACCCUCAAUUCACCCGCUACAUCGUCGGCUACAAGAAGGAAGAAUCAGACUUCCUCUUGAAGUUCCUCUACGAUCACAUUGCUCUCUCGCAGGAUAUCCAGACCCGCGUGAGAUGGCGACCAGGAACUGUCGUUGUUUGGGAUAACCGCGUUGCCUGCCACAGUGCGCUCUUUGACUGGGCCGACGGCCAGCGCCGCCACCUUGCUAGAAUUACACCCCAGGCCGAGAGACCUUAUGAGACGCCCUUUGAUGGUUAAAUCCUCCUUUUCACAACCUUGUCAGGGCUUAGCGAUGGUGUGGAUGAAAUUUUAAUGUGAUGAGUGACGGCUGCAUGACAAAACUGUAAAUAACUGAAAGUGCAUGCGAGUGGGAUGGGAGAAAUUGUGCCCUUUACGGGGGCUUAGUUUGAGGACAAAAUACCCGAUUUCAAAUAUGUAUAUUUUUUAAUAAUCUUUCGCUCAUUAUAUUGAAUGGUAAGAC